AUCUCCAACACUAUGUACGGCGCGUUGCUGUCGAGUGGGUGCCCAGCAUGUUCCUGCCGCUGCUGGGCGGGCAAGAGCGGCCACCGCAGCUUCCGCUUCUUCCUGGUGUGGAUCUGCGUGGGGCGGGCCAUCUUCGCGCUGGGUGUGCAGCUCAAGAAGAACUGGCUGGCGCUGUUCGGGCGCGUGUUCUUCGGUGUGGGCGAGAGCAGUGUGGUGGUGGGCGCUCGCGCGUUUGUCGCGUCGUGGCUCCGCAACAAGGAGCUGACGAUCGCCAUGGGCGUGAGCGUGGCCAUCACGAAGGUGUCCAAGAUGUUGGCCAAGGCGACUCUGGCCCCCAUCGCGCUGUACUUCGGCGGGUACGUGCAGGCGCUGUGGUACGGCGUGCUGGUGUGCGUGCUGUCGGCGGUCGUGGGUAUGCUGGUGUGCCAUUACACACUGAACCUGAAGCGCAUCGUCAAGGGCCACGUGCUCAAGGACUACGCCGACAAGAAGCGCCAGAAGCACCGCUGGCACAAGCCUCACGCGCAUGCCAGGCAGAUUUCGUGCGAGAACGUGAAGAUCAUCUCCCGCAUGUUCUGGGACUACUCGAUCGGCAAGGCUGGCGUGGUGAGCAGCAUCUCGCACCUGUUCGUGAUGCUCGCGCCGUUCAUCGGCCUUCGGCCUUGCCAUCGACCGGUCCGUCGCACGCACCCUGCUGCUUAUCCUGACUGCUAUGGUGCCGGUGCUGUGGAGUUGCUGGCCGUUUCCACGGUCUUCAUCUGCUCGAGCAAGCAGCUACUGCGCGAGAGGCGGUCGACCAAGGUGUCCAAGAUUGCGCUGGUUGAAACGAGAUACAGGCACAGCAAGAAGCAACUUGACAUGCAGAAUUGA